AUGACCUUCUACAGACACUCAGGUCCCAGACACUACAUGAGCUCCACCAUGACGGACCGCUUUGACUGCUACUAUUGCCGUGACAACCUGCACGGCAAGAAGUAUGUGAAGAAGGACGAAAAGCAUGUGUGCACCAAGUGUUUUGACAAACUGUGUGCCAACACCUGCGCUGAGUGCAAGCGCCCCAUCGGAGCUGAUGCCAAGGAGCUGCACCAUAAGAACCGCCACUGGCACGAGGACUGCUUCCGCUGUGCCAAGUGCUACAAACCGCUGGCCAGCGAGCCCUUCAUUGCCCGCGACGAUGGCAAGAUCAUGUGUGGCAAGUGCAGCUCACGCGAGGACGGCAACCGUUGCCAGGGCUGUUACAAGGUGGUCAUGCCAGGAUCCCAGAAUGUGGAGUACAAGAACAAGGUGUGGCAUGAGGAGUGCUUCACCUGUUUCGAAUGUAAGCAGCCAAUCCGCACGCAGAGUUUUCUGGCGAAAGGCGAUGAUAUCUACUGUGGUCCUUGCCACGACAAGAAGUUUGCCAAGAAGUGCUUCAAAUGCAAGCAGCCGAUCCAAUCUGGGGGCAUCAGUUACCAGGACCAGCCCUGGCACUCGGACUGCUUUAAGUGCAGCACCUGCAGUAAACCUCUGGCCGGUACUCGCUUCACCUCUCAUGAGAACCACGCCUACUGCGUUGACUGCUACAAGACCGAUGUGGCCAAAAAAUGCCACGGCUGCAAGAACCCAAUAACAGGUUUUGGCCACGGCACAAACAUCGUCAACUACGAGGGCUUCUCCUGGCACGAGUACUGCUUCAACUGCAAGAAGUGCUGCCUGUCUCUGGCCAACAAGCGUUUCGUCAUCAGCGGAGAGCACAUCUACUGCCCCGACUGCGCCAAGAAGCUGUAA